GUGUUGACUGCUGUGAAGCACACCUCGUGCAGUUAUUCUGCAGUCUGUGCCCAAGCAAGUCCCUAUAAAUCCCUGAUUCCUCUGAGCACCUAAAGGGAAAGUGGAAUUACACACGACGGAAUGAGACUCCAGUGAUCUUAGCAUGUCUUUCAAGAAGGAAACUCCCCUAGCCAACGCUGCAUUUUGGGCAGCCAGAAAGGGGAACCUGGCCCUCCUGCAGCUGUUGCUGAACAGCGGCCGAGUGGACGUUGACUGCAAAGACAACUAUGGAACCUCGGCUCUGAUGGUGGCCUCCUACAGUGGCCAUUAUGACUGUGUGAGGGAACUCAUCAUGCAAGGCGCAGACAUCAACCUGCAGAGAGAGACAGGUUCUACAGCCCUGUUCUUCGCAGCACAGCAGGGACAUGAUGACAUCAUCAAGCUCCUGUUUGAGUUUGGAGCUUCCACAGAAUUCCAGACCACGGAAGGAGGCACGGCCCUGUGUGCUGCCUGCCAGAGCGGUCACUCCAAAGUAGUGGAAACGCUGCUCAAGAACGGAGCCAACAUCCAUGACCAGCUUAGUGAUGGUGCAACUCCUCUGUUCUUAGCCUCUCAGGAAGGUCAUGUGACCAUCGUCCGUCAGCUGUUGUCAUCUGGAGCCAAAGUAAACCAGCCUCGUGAGGAUGGUACCACACCCCUAUGGAUAGCAGCACAGAUGGGACACAGUGAAGUUGUGAAAGUUCUGCUACUGCGUGGUGCAGACCGAGAUGCUGAGAGAAACGACGGCUCCACUGCGCUUUUUAAAGCGGCACAUAAUGGACACUGUAAUGUCAUGGAGGAACUUCUGAAGUUCAGCCCAUCUCUUGGCCUUCUGAAGAAUGGGUCCACAGCUCUUCAUGCUGCAGUCAUGAGUGGAGAUCCAAAAACUGUGAUGGUUCUGUUGAAAGCGAAUGCCGAUCCUACUUUACGUAAUAAGAAUAAUGAGCUACCAGGGGACUUCACAAAGAACGAUCGCAUCCUGAGGAUUCUUCGGCCGCAGAUCUUAAAUGGAGGAAGUUGAUGACUGUUCCUCUUGGCCCUUAGGUUUAUGUUCUUUGUUUUUUGUGGCUGAAGAAAAUGCACUAAGCCAAAAUAGAAACUGCACACACAGCAUUUUAAUGGUGCUUGCUUUUAUUUGCAAGAAAUUUAUAAUUGAGAAAAAAAACAACAACAGAAUUUAUUCUUUGUGCUGAGGGAAAAUGUUAAGCUGUAAAUCAUUCUAAUUUAGCUUUUCACCAUUUAUAUCACAUGACUGUAGCAAGAAUCAAAUACAAAUGCAUUGAAGUUCCAUGGUAUGUCUUACAAAGAUGGUGCAAACAGAUUUUUUAUUUACUCCAUGUUUCUUUUGGGUUUGUCUAUCUUGAUUAAGUUGGAACUGUUUCUCCCAUUGCAGCUUCUAAUGGGGUUCUCUGUAUUAAAUUGAGUUCUUCUUAUUUAAUGUUAGGAUAAAAAGCGUAAUCCUGUUUAUCACAAAACUGCCAUUGUUUAAUGAAUUUUGCUAACUGUGUUCCUUAUGAUAAAAAAAAAAGUCUAGCCAUAAUAACUCAGCCUGGAGGAAUCUUAUAUCUGUGUAAGCUUGAAGAUUUUUUUUUUUUUAAUUUUCUUCUUAAAUACAUUUCAGAUGCUGCAUUUGGUAUUCUAAAUUCUUUAAUUACCAGUGCUGUAAAAUUGUAAAGUAUUUUGCAAAAUGUGUCCGUGAAAGCGUAUCAGACUGUAUA